CAGCCACACGCUCUAACCAGCUGAGCUAUUCCAGCUUCUUGUUUAACAUUCGUUCAUAUUUAUUCAAAACCCUUACACUCACUGAAGUGGAAAACAGAGAAACUGAGUCUGAACCUUCAACCUUGUGGUUAACCUUGACACCAUCAUCGUCACCUCCUCGUUCCACCGAUGCCGCCGCGGAGAAACCCCAUUGCAUCAAGCUAGACACUUGACGAAGAAUGGCCAAAAGAGUUCUCACCUUUCUUCCCCAUAGACAAUUCUCAUCAAUACCUGAAAUUCCAAGCCUUUACUCCUUCCUUCAACCUUCUGUGUUUGCUCUCAACAGAAACAGGACACAACCCAUUUGUGAAGAGCCCCAAAAGCUUCCAACUUCACCCCCAAAGUCCCUUUCCCUCACCCCUGACCAAGUCUCCACACUCCAAACCACUCUUCACAAGUCCCUCAUCACCAGUGACACUGAUGAAGCUUGGAAGUCCUUCAAGUCUCUUACCUCUCAUCAAGCCUUCCCACCUAAACCCCUCACCAAUUCUCUCAUUACUCAUCUUUCAUCCCUUGGUGACAUUCACAACCUCAAGAGGGCUUUUGCUUCUGCUGUUUUUCUCAUGGAGAGGAAUCCAAUGGUGCUGGAGUCUGAAACAAUACAUGCCAUGCUUGAUUCCAUGAAGGGUGCCAACACUGCUGCCCCUGCUUUUGCUCUUGUCAGGUGUAUGUUCAAGAACAGGUAUUUUGUGCCUUUUGCCAUGUGGGGUAAUGUGCUUGUUGAGAUUAUUAGGAAAAGUGGUAACCUUGCUGCUUUCUUGCCUGUUUUUGAAGAGAGCUGUAGGGUUGCUUUGGAUGAGAAGUUGGAGUUCAUGAAACCUGAUGUUGCUGCUUGUAAUGCAGCACUGGAAGGUUGCUGUUGUGAGCUUGAAUCAGUGACUGAUGCUGAGAGGGUUGUUGGAACAAUGUCUAAUCUUGGUGUUAGGCCGGAUGAAUUGACUUUUGGAUUUCUUGGUUAUUUAUAUGCAGUUAAGGGGUUACAGGAAAAGAUAAAUGAGUUAGAAGUUUUGAUGGGUGAGUUUGGUUGCUCAAACAAAAAGGUUUUUUAUUCUAAUUUGAUUAGUGGGUAUGUUAAGUCUGGCAAUUUAGCUUCUAUGGAGUCAACGAUUCUCAGGAGUCUGAGUGAUGAAGACAGGAAAGAUUGGAAUUUUGGAGGAGAAACGUUCUGUGCAGUAGUUAAGGAAUAUCUUCGGAAGGGAAAUAUCAAGGGUUUAGCUAAUCUGAUCAACGAAGCUCAGAAGUUAGAACCUUCUAACAUUAAAGCUGAUAACUCUAUAGGUUAUGGUAUUGUUAAUGCUUGUGUUAGUAUGGGAUUAUCAGACAAAGCUCACAGCAUUCUUGAUGAAAUGAAUGCUCUGGGAGGCUCAGUAGGUCUUGGGGUCUAUAUACCUAUCUUGAAGGCUUACUGCAAAGAAAAUCGAACUGCUGAGGCUACUAUAUUGGUGAUGGAGAUUAGUAGUUCAGGUCUUCAGUUGGAUGUGGAAACCUAUGAUGCUCUCAUAGAAACAUCCAUGUCCAGCCAAGAUUUUCAGUCAGCGUUUUCCCUGUUUAGGGACAUGAGGGAGGCAAGGGUUCCUGACUUGAAAGGGAGUUACUUGACUAUAAUGACGGGUUUGAUGGAGAAUCAUCGACCUGAGUUGAUGGCAGCUUUCUUAGAUGAGGUGGUUGGGGAUCCUCGUAUUGAAGUCGGUACUCAUGAUUGGAAUUCUAUCAUUCAUGCUUUCUGUAAAGCCGGGAGACUAGAAGAUGCUAGAAGGACUUUUAGAAGGAUGAAUUUCCUGCAAUUUGAGCCAAAUGAUCAGACAUACUUGUCCCUGAUUAAUGGUUAUGUCUCGGCAGAGAAACAUUUUAAUGUGCUGAUGUUGUGGAAUGAUGUUAAGCGAAAGCUAUCGUCAGAUGGGCACAAAGGGAUCAAAUUUGACCACAAUCUAGUUGAUGCCUUCCUGUAUGCUAUGGUCAAGGGAGGUUUCUUUGAUGCUGCUAUGCAAGUUGUGGAGAAAUCUCAUGAGAUGAAAAUAUUUGUUGAUAAGUGGAGAUACAAGCAAGCAUUCAUGGAGACCCAUAAAAAGCUCAAAGUGGCAAAGUUGAGAAAAAGAAAUACUAAAAAAAUGGAAGCAGUUAUAGCUUUCAAGAAUUGGGCUGGCUUAAAUGCAUGAACUUGAAGCACUGGCUACUUCUUAUCUCAAGGAUUAAACCAUCAUGUCUGGAAGAAACUGCUCAAAAUGACAGUUGAGGAGGGAUUCAACCUCGCAUGAUCUUUGGAAGUGAGCUUCGAUUUCACUAACUUUAGAGCCCUUCAAUUUUGACAUUUUUCUAUUUACAUGGAUAAUAACUGCCAGUUUGGGACUAGUAGUUUCUGCUCAACGCAACAAUGUUCUGUUCUCUUUUUUCUUCCUGAUGUUAUACAAAGCAAUUAAUUGUCAAUCUUUUAAUUAGUUUA